AUGAGCUUAAUCGACUUAUCACUCGAUGAAAUAAUUGCCCGAAAUAAAAGUACAAUUAAGAAUAGUGGUCGUUUGAUGAGUUUAAACGAUGAAACGAUUAACGAUAAAAACCGAGAAAUCCGACGGCGAGGUCGUGGAUUUACCAAGCAGUUUGCUUCAAUUGAUUCAGCUUUUACAAAAUCACAGAAUGUUCCACUAGGAAAAUGGGAUCACAGUGGUUUUGAAGAAUUAUAUGGAACAAGAAACUUUUCGGAGCCGGAAUUAUUGAAAAUUGGUGGUCGCUUAUUUGAUCGACGCGCUCUAUCGCGGAAAGAGCUUCUCGAAGAUUAUCCUAUAGAAUCUGCAAAUGUAUAUUAUGAUGAAUUUGGUGAAUCAACUGGAACAGCGGAUGUUGUCACAGAUCGAGCAUCUGCGGAAGAAAUUCAAUUAAACUAUUCAGGUGUUUCUGUUGAUGGUUCGACAAUGCAUAUGUAUUUAAUUGAUGAAAAUUCAACUAUUGCACCUUCUAUUAUGCCAAGUAUUAAAAAGCGUUUAAUCCUUCCAAGAGCUACUCAAUCACGUAAAACGAUUGUACAUAAACGUCUCCCACCACGAAACAAGAAUUUCUCGAAUCGUCGUCGUUUAGAAAGGAAUGAAGGUAAGCGAAGACAAAUGACAGAUGCUGAACUAGAUAAGGAAUUGGAAGAGUAUAUGAAAAAGAAGUCUUCUAAUGCGAUGGAAGCAUAA